CUCUCAAAAAUUUUUUCUCACCGGGAAAUAGCUUCCUUUAAGAACUGUUCUAAUGGGAGCCUAAUCAAAAGCAGAAAUUGCCCCAAGUGUCAGUACUGCAAUUGCCCACUUAGAACAUUGGGAAAAAUUAGUUGUUGUCCGACUCAUGCUGAUGUGGUAAGAUUCAGGCCCUUUUCUUGUUAACUGUCUUUUAAGUGUGAACUGAAAACUGGAUUUUGUAGGGCUGAGUGGAAUUUUAUGUAGCUUCGGACAAGGAAGGAACCUUUCGGUGUUCAAUAUUCUUUGGACUAUCUAUAAAAACCACCCUACGCUACUCUGAUUUCCCUCUACAGAACUUCCUUUUCUCUGUAUAGAUUCCAUUAACAUUAGAUUUUCCCAUUCCUUUCUCAAGUUUACAGGAAUUUGAAUUCUGGGUUUUAUUUAACUUUAUGCAGUUUAGGUUGGGGGAGGGGGAGGAUUUUAGCUAAAAGAAAACUUUGAAUUUCUAGAGGAAAAUGAUACGGUUGUUAAAGGGGUGGAGUGUAUGGAAGUUCUUUGCAUUUAUUGAAAACAAAUUUUGUGUUUCCAAGAGCUUUUAUUUUUGGAUUUUUCAAAUUUUUAAUAGGUAUAGCUUGGGCACUUAGCCAAAUUCUUGAUUUCCUAAAUUUGCAAAUUUUUCCAAACUAAGCGUGUGUUUAGGCUUGUUCUUGGUUCGUGUUACUCUUCGUAAUGUGUAGUGCAUUUUUGCCGCCGGGAUUUCGAUUUCAUCCCACUGAUGAGGAACUGAUUGGCUAUUAUCUUAAAAGGAAAAAUGAGGGACUUGAAAUUGAGCUGGAAGUCAUUCCAGUAAUUGAUUUAUACAAAUUUGAUCCAUGGGAGCUGCCAGAAAAAUCAUUCCUGCCAAAGCGCGACAUGGAGUGGUUCUUUUUCUGUAAUCGAGACAAGAAGUAUCCAAAUGGCUCACGAACUAACCGAGCCACUAAAUCAGGAUACUGGAAAGCUACAGGAAAAGACCGUAAAGUCGUCUGUGAGUCUCAAGGCUACCGCAAGACCUUGGUUUUCUAUCGUGGAAGAGCACCACUUGGGGAUAGAUCAGAUUGGAUUAUGCAUGAAUAUCGUCUCUGCGAUGAUGUAACCAACGACACCCCAAGUUUUCAGGGAACUUUUGCCUUGUGCCGUGUUGUCAAAAAGAAUGGAAACUCUGAGAAGACCUGUGCUCAUGGAGAUUCUGCAUUUAAGCUGGCUGGAAAUAGUUCUAGCAACAGUGAUCAGUUCACCUUAAGUGCUGUCUCAAAUGAACCGGUGGUCACUUCUGAUAGCAUUCCUUUACAAACCAGUUACAUUUAUGGCGAGAGUCAUCAUACAAUUCCCGUUACUUCUCAAUAUCCCGUAGAACCUAUUGAGGGAUAUGAUCUCUCUACGAGCCUCUGGGGCCCUCCUAAUAUGAUUCUUGAUUCCUAUAAGGAAUGCUAUCCACAGUAUGAUCAGUUUCCGUACCUGGGUUCAUUUCUGCCACAGGAGCAACAUAAUAUGUCACAAAGUUCAUCUUACUCAAAUUUUACAGAGGAGGUUGGACUUCCGGACAAUCUAACUCAGUAUGGCUGCAUCUCACAUUACUCAUUUCAAGAGAGCUAUGAUGGAUAUCCAAGCAAAUGAGGAUUCAAGUCAAGCACAUUGAAUCAUCUAUAUAUCAUUUUAAGAGUAUGCCACGAGCCUUGAGACGGCACCAUUUAAUGUUUGUCUUGGAUUGGAUUAAAUAAACAAACUGAACUGGCAAUUGUCAUCAUAUUCAGUGUUUCCGCAGAUUUUAAAGAAGCUCUUAACCAGCCUUAGCCUAGCUGACGUGGGAGUUCGUUGCUUUCCUGCAUCUAGCCCGUUCUUUAUGGUCAAGUUGUAUCAAGACCCUGCUUUUGUACUACUGUGAAUCAAAAAAAGACCUCUCUUAGUGAUCACUUUUAUUGAUUUCACUAGGAAUUGGUCUUGUAUAGUAUAUAUGAUCACUAGAGGAACAAUGUUGAUUUAAUAUAUGUAUUUUCUUUAAUCAAAUUGGGGUAUAUGAAUGGAAUUACUUUACUAUUCAA